GCAAUAAAUCCGAACAAGCAGCGCGAAGCAUGCGCAUGAGGGCCCCGCGCUAAGGGGAAUCCAAUUAGUUAUUUACGGUAACAGAAGUCGAAUGAAUUUAGAGCCUCUGCGCUUCCCGUAGUGCGGACUGUACCAAGCCGGCCGGGGGAGAGGUGCAUCGCGGCCAGGCCCGGCCGUUCGCCCAGCCCCUUUGGGCAGACGCACGCAGUGGCCGGCUGUGUCAGUUGAGGCGCACGCAGGGAGGUGGAUUAACACUAAAUCCCCACAAUGUCCCUGAAACCACGAGUAGUUGAUUUUGAUGAAACAUGGAACAAACUUCUUACAACAAUUAAAGCUGUUGUAAUGUUGGAUUAUGUUGAAAGAGCGACAUGGAAUGACCGCUUCUCGGACAUUUAUGCUUUAUGUGUGGCCUAUCCAGAACCUCUUGGAGAGAGACUUUAUACUGAGACCAAAUUUUUUUUGGAAAAUCAUGUACGCCAUUUGCACAAGCGUGUUCUGGAAUCUGAGGAACAAGUACUGGUUAUGUAUCAUAGAUACUGGGAAGAAUACAGUAAAGGGGCAGACUACAUGGACUGUUUAUACAGGGUGGUCUCCACCUACCCCAUGGGUCAGGACAUCAUCCUGCCGGUGCUCUGUCCCGAGUCCCAUGCGUCCAGUGAGGAGCGCUGCUGCCACAUGCUGGAUGUGAGAUGGACUCUGGCUUUUUACCUGGAGUGGACAAAGCUGUUCAGGAAGUCCUCGCAGCUGUUUAUCACCUCAGUCAAAUGCAUGAAAGAUCUGCUGUUCUCCACUCAGUGGCUCUCCAACUGGAUCACCGUGUGUUUUCGUACCUGUUACUAUCUGGCGGGAGUUCCCCCGCCGCUGAUUUGAGUGUGCCCUCGUAACUAGGAUGCAAGCCUCAUCAGCUGCCUUUUUAGCCCAUGUCCCCAUUCAGGACAUUUGUAGGGCUGCCACAUGGUCUUCCAUUCACCUCACAUUAUGCGGUUGUGUCUCAAACCAGGGAGGAUGCCGGGUUUGGCAGGGCUGUGCUCCGUCCCGAGUAUCUGAACUCCAACCCACUUCCAACAGAUAUAACUUGGAAUCUCCUCUUUUGGAAUGCACAUAAGCUAUCACUUGAAAAAAGUUACCUUUUCUGUAACUGAUGUUCUUCGAGAUGUGUUGCUCAUGUCCAUUCCAUAUCCUACCCUCCUUCCCCUCUGUUGGAGUUGUCUGGCAAGAAGGAACUGAAGGGGGGGGGAGCGUUCAGCACCCUUUAUACUGCGCCAUAGAGGCGCCACUCCAGGGGUCACUAGGGUGUGCCCCUACAGGUACUACUAGGGGAAAAACUUCCAGCACCAGUACAUGUGGCGAGCAUGCACAUCUAUUGUGGAAUGGACAUGAGCAACACAUCUCAAAGAAUACCAGUUACAGAAAAAGUAAUUCUUCUUUCUACUCAAAGGGUUUAUUUGAACUGAUAGACUUGAUGCCAAUUGGCUCAGCGAAGGGAGUGGCUCCUUUCCAAACACGCUUAGAAAGAAGUGUUAGUUUAUGCAGUAAGAGGAAGAAAAUGAUGAUGCAGCAUUCUCUCCUUUGAACUUGUUGGAUUCCCAGUCUUUGCUUUUGUGUGAGUUUUGUCUUGCAGUAGUGCCUAGAGUCCCCAGCUGAGGAUGAGACUCAUUGUGGUACGCACUAUGCAAAAUAGCAGAAAGAUUUUCCAAGCCCCAAGACCUUAUAAUUUAAAUGUAAGACAAGACACCAGGUGAAUAUGACAAAUAGUGGGCUUAAGCACAUGAUAACACACUGAUCAUAAUCAUCAACUAAUAAGCAGAAGUUACAUCACUCCAGCUGCUUAAUUGUCAAACAUUUUAUAAGCAUCACAGCAGAAGUAUAGUAAGGAGAAAUUUGAAGGACAAAGCAGUGACUUUACAGGUAGUAUGCAUAUGAGAGUGAAGAGCUGAUUCAUAAGUUUGAUAAAGGAAACAGAGUUGGGGGAGGAGUGAGCAUGGGGGUGGAGCAAGGCUGCAAGUUUAGUGCCUGCUCCCUGUGUGGGCUGGCCGAGGUCCCACUGCGUGCCUCCCUGAAUCGUCCUUAGGGAUGAGGGGGCUACAGUUUCGGGACCACUGCUCUACUCUUGUAGCCCAAGUAUUUAAACUGUGACUCAGCAUCUGUCUCAUUCCCUAGACCUUAUAUUGCUUUCAAGCUAUGGCUUUGCCAAACUGGAGUUCACUCCUGUAAUGACUAGAAGAUGAUAUAGCUGCUAGCCACUGAAAUUUUACAUUUGAUAGAUACUAGCAGUUUCAGAGGCCCAUAGUGGGCAUGAUAAAUAGCAGAUUAAUAUAGCAUAUGGGGGGCAUUAGUCGCCCUCCAUUGUUAAUGAUGUAUUCUUAUUGAGGGCAUUUUCAAAGCCACAGGUAUUGUUAUACAAUAUGUGUAACUCUCUACAGACACAGGACCUUGCUGCACAAGUGUGCUUAUAGUUACUCCUGUGUGAACUCUGUACAGGAGUAUCUAGAUGCAUAGUCCUAAUUAUUAGAAUUAUGAUCUAUGUACAUUGUGUUGCGUGUUAAUGUGUUGCUUGCCACUCCAAUACCAAUCCGUUACACGUUGACACUAAUCAUGAUUGAAAAAUUCAUAUGAAUAAA